CGCAUGGACGACCACCUCAGCCUCCUGCAAUCACCCCCGCCGAGCGUGACCAAAACUCGGGGUGACAACCUCGUGAAUCACGGGUACACGGAGACAGAGACCGACGUGAUGACGGUCGUGGCGUGCGACAACAUGCUGGAGGAGUCGGCGGCUCUCCCGGGCCACCACUCUCUGGACAGAUACGAGCCGGAUCACGAGUGCUGCGAGAGGUUGGUCAUCAACAUCUCCGGGUUGCGCUUCGAGACGCAGCUCAAGACUCUUUCCCAGUUUCCAGAGACACUACUUGGGGACCCAAAAAAGAGGAUGAGGUACUUCGACCCUCUCAGGAACGAGUACUUCUUCGAUCGGAACCGACCCAGCUUUGAUGCCAUCCUCUACUACUACCAGUCUGGCGGGCGCAUCAGAAGACCCGUGAAUGUGCCCAUUGACAUUUUCUCCGAGGAGAUACGCUUCUACGAGCUGGGCGAGGAGGCUAUGGAAAAGUUCAGGGAGGAUGAGGGCUUCAUAAGGGAGGAGGAGCGGCCGCUACCAGAGAAUGAAUUUCAAAGACAGGUGUGGCUACUGUUUGAAUACCCGGAGAGCUCGGGUCCCGCCCGGGGGAUCGCGAUAGUGUCUGUUCUGGUCAUCCUCAUCUCCAUUGUCAUCUUCUGCUUGGAGACUUUGCCGGAGUUCAGGGACGACCACCGGGAUCCGAUCCCCAUUGACCCCUCGAUAAAUGGCACACUCACGUAUUUCAUCAGCCCCUUCUCUGACCCGUUCUUUGUGGUGGAGACGCUUUGCAUCAUCUGGUUCUCCUUCGAGCUGCUGGUGCGCUUCUUCGCUUGCCCGAGUAAAGCCACGUUCUCCAAAAACAUCAUGAACAUCAUAGACAUUGUGGCCAUCAUCCCGUACUUUAUCACCCUGGGCACGGAGCUGGCGGAGAGGCAGGGGAACGGGCAGCAGGCCAUGUCAUUAGCUAUUCUGCGCGUAAUACGGCUGGUUCGCGUAUUUCGCAUCUUUAAGCUCUCGCGUCACUCCAAGGGGCUUCAGAUUUUAGGACAGACUCUAAAGGCCAGUAUGCGUGAACUGGGCCUGCUCAUAUUCUUUUUGUUCAUUGGUGUCAUCCUCUUCUCCAGUGCUGUUUAUUUUGCCGAGGCAGACGACCCAGAUUCGGGGUUCAGCAGCAUCCCAGACGCCUUCUGGUGGGCUGUUGUCACCAUGACCACUGUGGGUUAUGGGGACAUGCACCCCGUGACAAUCGGGGGAAAGAUCGUUGGAUCUCUGUGCGCAAUAGCCGGUGUGCUUACCAUUGCCCUGCCCGUGCCCGUCAUCGUCUCCAACUUCAACUACUUCUACCACAGAGAGACGGAGGGCGAGGAGCAGGCACAAUACCUACACGUGGGCAGCUGCCAGCCCCUGACGGACACGGAGGAUCUGGGGAAGACUCGCUCCUCUUCCUCACUCAGCAAAAGCGAAUAUAUGGUGAUAGAAGAGCAUGGGAUCAACAGCGCGUUCAAACAACAGCCCAACUUCCCCACCACUUUGCACAACAACUCGCAGAAUUGUGUGAACAUAAACCAAAAGAUUUUCACCGACGUGUAGCCAGUUUUUAAG